AACUAGUUGUUUAAUAAAAAAGGAAAAGAAAGAAUCACACGGCUGACGCCAUCCACUAUUAUUUGUAGAAUCUUCUUUCUUGAAUUUUUUUUUAAAAAAAGUAUCUUUACAGCGCCGCACUUUACUUUUUGUUGUCCAUAAAUAUAUGGGUGUGUGCGAAUACUCAAUUCAAUUAUACAUUAUACUCACUGCUUGUGUUGUCGCUGGUGAGGGAGCUUAAUCUGAUGGAUCUCAAAGGGACGCCUGUUGAAAAUGGAUACCGUAUGCCUGCAGAAUGGGAACCCCACUCUUCUUGUUGGAUGGGUUGGCCUGAGCGCCCAGAUAACUGGCGAAAUAAUGCAGUCCAUGGUCAGCGUGUAUUUGCAGCUAUAGCAUCUGCUGUUUCAAGAUUUGAACCAGUAACAGUCUGUGCUAGUGCUGCUCAGUGGGAAAACACAUGCAGCUUGUUGCCUAAACAUAUCAGGGUUGUGGAGAUGAGCAUGAAUGAUUGUUGGUUUCGUGAUACUGGUCCAACCUUUGUCAUCAGAAAUACCGCAGCAAAUGCAAAACAUGUAGCUUCAAGUGUUGCAGGGAUUGAUUGGACCUUCAAUAGUUGGGGUGGUGUUGAUGAUGGCUGUUACAAAGACUGGAGUCUUGACCUUCUUGUUGCAAGAAAGAUUUUGGCAAUUGAAAAGCUCCCAAGGUUUUCACACUCUCUGAUUCUUGAAGGUGGAAGCAUUCAUGUAGAUGGAGAAGGGACUUGUCUCACAACAGAAGAGUGCCUUCUGAGCAAAAAUAGGAAUUCCCAUUUGGCUAAAGAACAGAUUGAGGAUGAACUAAAAGCAUAUCUUGGAGUCAGGAAGAUUAUUUGGCUGCCUCGAGGGUUGUUUGGUGAUGAUGAUACAAAUGGUCAUAUUGACAACAUGUGCUGUUUUGUGAAGCCUGGUGUUGUUUUGUUGUCUUGGACUGAUGAUCCGUCUGAUCAACAGUAUGAAAGAUCCCUUGAAGCCCUCUCUGUUCUUGAAAAUACUUCUGAUGCCAAUGGUAGAAAAAUACAAGUGAUCAAACUCCAUGUACCUGGGCCACUCUAUAUGACAGAUGAGGAGGCAGAUGGACUAGUUCAGGAUGGUGAUGCUAAACCUAGGACUUCAGGUACAAGGCUUGCUGCUUCUUAUGUAAAUUUCUACAUUGCUAACGGUGCAAUUAUUGCUCCACAAUUUGGCGAUAAAAAAUGGGAUGAAGAAGCUAUUAGAGUCCUCUCACUGGCAUUUCCAGAUUAUGAGGUUGUAGGAAUUAAAGGUGCUAGAGAAAUUGUUCUGGGAGGUGGAAAUAUACAUUGUAUCACACAGCAGCAGCCAACCGGCCCAGAAUGUUCAUCCAAACUUAUAAAUGGCUCCAUAUCGUAGCAAAGGGAUAGCUAAUAUUUGACAUUUGCAAGUGAUAAUAUGGAAUUGUCUGUAAUCUGGCGAAUAUCAGAUAUUUUAUGAUUGAUAUUCACAUUGGACACGAACUUUAUUUUCUGUAUUUACUUUUUCUUUCAAGAUUCCGGAGUGCAAAAAUAAUGUUACAUAUGCACCUUAAAAGUUUUAAAAGUUUAAUAAUUGAUAUUUUAAAUAUUCA